UAUAGAAAUACCGCAGUAGAGAAAGUGUCGUUCCGGAGUCUACUGGCGAUCAUAGUCUCGGCACUUGAUCGAAAUAAUGUUCUGCUUAAAGAACUAAUAACGCAGUAAUUUACUAUAUAGUAAAUUUAGGAACAAAGAAAUAAAUGCAAGCCAUGUAUUUAUUGAGACGAAUACGGAUUCUUGGAGCUUUUGGAGUAGGUUUUUUGUCGAUUGUCCUCUUGGUUUUAGUGCACCAAACAAAUGGAGCUAUUCCCGACUGCGACUUCUUCGACACCGCCGAUAUUUCGAAAGGCCAGAAGUUCCCAAAUGGCUCCUAUCUAUACGAAGGUUUGCUCAUUCCUCCUCAUUUGACGGGAGAGUAUGAUAUCAGGGUUCUGCCGGACAACACGGAGGAGAAGGUGCCACUCCAUACAAGAGGAUGUGUCUGCAAACUGAAGCCUUGUGUCAGGUUUUGUUGCCAGCACGACCACUUAAUGCAUAAUAAUGGUUCGUGCUACGAGAUGUCGGAGGAGGAACUAAAUGGAAUUGAUCCAAUCCUGAACGUGACCCUUGCCAACGGGUCGGUGGUCGGAAAGCACUUUAAAACCGACUUCUUCCUCCAGUGGGGCUUACCCACUUGUGACCAUAUGUUCUCCCUGGACAACCGUUACGAGACGGAUCAUUACUCCUUCUUCGAGGACGGAUCUCUUUUUCGACACUUGGACGAAGCGACCCUUAACAAGCGAGAUUACUGCUUUCAGCAUGUCUUAGCAGAUGAUGAUGGCACAUCUAUUCGAAUUGUCCCCCACAACUGCCCAAUUGUCCAAUCGAGAACGGGACAGACUACCGCGUUGAUCAUAUCGCUGGUAUGUAUGGUUCUUACGAUCAGCGUGUACCUCUUUGUUAAGGAGCUACAGAAUUUGCACGGCAAGUGCUUCGUUUGCUACAUGGUCUCCCUGUUCCUGGGCUACCUCUUUCUGCUGCUGGACUUGUGGGAUUUAUCGGCCGACUUCUGCAUUACAGCAGGUUUCCUGGGCUACUUUUUCGUCAUGGCCGCCUUCUUUUGGCUCUCCGUCAUCAGUCUGCACAUGUGGAACACCUUCAACGGUAGCUCCCACGGCGUCAAUCGCUUCCUGCCAGAGCAUCGCUUUUUGGCCUACAACAUUUACUCUUGGGGCAUGGCGGUAGCCUUGACCGGAAUCACCUUUGCAGCUAAUGAGCUAGUGGAGGACGAAAAUUGGAAUCCUCGUAUGGGCGUAGAACAUUGCUGGAUCAAUACCCGGGAAUGGUCUGCCAUGCUCUACUUCUAUGGACCGAUGGUAUUGCUGAUCACGUUCAACAUCAUCAUGUUUCUCCUAACGGCAGUUCUGAUAGUCAGAGUAAAGAAGGACAUACAGAAGUUUUCCCAGAAGCAAAUGAGGACCCAAAAACUCAACUCGGACAAACAGACUUACACGUUCUUCCUGCGGCUGUUCAUCAUCAUGGGUCUGUCGUGGACUUUGGAGAUUGUUUCCUACUUCGUGCAAGACUACCAAAUUUGGUCAACGGUUUUUCUGGUGGCUGAUUACAUUAACUGGUCCCAGGGAACCAUCAUAUUUGUGCUGUUUAUUCUAAAGCGCAACACGCUAAGACUCUUGAAAAAGCGGCACCAUCCUUCUUCCAUGAUGAGCAUCAACAGCUUGAAAUCAAAGGAAAGGCGUAAUACCAUGGCGGGAUCCUUCGCGCAGUACACAAGAACUUCAUCUUCGACGCAACUGUAGUAUUUAGGAACAGCAUUUACAGCAUCACCUUACUUACUCUCAGCUAAUUUAGACGUAUAAGAAAGCAAACUAAUUUGCACGCCAUAAUCCUUAUACUCGUACUUAUAUUUUUUGAACUACUUACAUGAUCUUUCAAGAUCUUUCGUUUAAAUAAAAAAUUAACUAUUGAAAA